GGGCGGCCAGUGCACCCCCGCCGCGCCCCUCCCUCUCCCCCUGCGAUCACUGUCCAUUGGCUUGUCCUGCUCUCUUUUUCAUGUCCAGCCCCUGAUGAGUGUCCAUUGGUGUUGCCUUCGCCUUCCCUCCUCCCCUCUCCCCGGCUUGCCCUGCCCAUGUUUUGUAUGUCUCUGUCCAUCCAGGCUCCUGACGUUCAAGUUCGCAGGGACGUCACGUCCGCACUUGAACUUGCAGCUCAGGGGGGCUUUUGCCAUUUUUUUCAUCUCUCUCUCUCCUUCUCUCUCUCCCUCUCUCUCUCUCCCUCUCCCUCUCUCUCUUUUUUUUCCUUGCACAAAAAAAAAAAAAAAAAAAAAGCCAUGACUGCUAUCCCACAAUUCAUCUUCCCUGCGCCAUCUUUGUAUUAUUUCUAAUUUAUUUUGGAUGUCAAAAGACAUUGAUGAAGAUAUUUUCUCUGGAGUCUCCUUCCUCUCUAACCCGUCUCUCCCGAUGUGAACCGAGCGACUCACAAGCCACCGAAGCCACCAACCCACCAUGUCGCGCCGCAAGCAAGGCAAACCCCAGCACUUAAGCAAACGGGAAUUUUCACCCGAACCUCUUGAAGCCAUUCUCACUGAUGACGAACCUGAACAUGGCACAUUGGGAGCUCCGGAAGGGGACCACGACCUCCUCACUUGUGGCCAGUGUCAGAUGAACUUUCCGUUGGGGGACAUUCUUAUUUUUAUUGAGCACAAACGGAAACAAUGCAAUGGCAGUCUCUGCCUAGAGAAGGCUGUGGAUAAGCCACCUUCACCCUCACCAAGUGAGCUGAAAAAAGCAUCCAAUCCCGUGGAGGUUGGCAUCCAGGUUACGCCAGAGGAUGACGAUUGUUUAUCAACGUCAUCUAGAGGAAUUUGCCCUAAACAGGAACAUAUAGCAGGUAAAGACGAGCCCAGCAGCUACACGUGUACGACUUGUAAACAGCCUUUCAACAGCGCCUGGUUCCUCUUGCAGCACGCACAGAACACGCACGGCUUACGGAUCUACCUAGAAAGCGAGCACGGCAGCCCCCUGACGCCACGGGUUGGUAUCCCAACAGGACUAGGUGCAGAGUGCCCUUCCCAGCCACCUCUCCACGGGAUUCACAUUGCAGACAAUAACCCUUUUAACCUGCUCAGAAUACCCGGCUCGGUCUCGAGGGAGGCGUCGGGGCUGGGAGAAGGGCGUUUCCCACCCACGCCGCCCCUCUUUAGCCCUCCCCCGAGGCACCAUUUGGAUCCGCAUCGCAUUGAGCGCCUGGGUGCGGAAGAAAUGGCUCUGGCCACCCAUCACCCUAGUGCCUUUGACAGGGUGCUGCGACUGAACCCCAUGGCGAUGGAGCCCCCCGCUAUGGAUUUCUCCCGGAGGCUGCGGGAGCUGGCCGGCAACACCUCCAGCCCACCCUUGUCCCCGAGCCGGCCCAGCCCUAUGCAAAGGUUGCUGCAGCCCUUCCAGCCCGGCAGCAAGCCCCCGUUCCUGGCCACGCCACCCCUUCCUCCUCUGCAGUCCGCUCCUCCUCCCUCCCAGCCCCCCAUGAAGUCCAAGUCCUGCGAGUUCUGCGGGAAGACCUUCAAGUUUCAGAGCAACCUGGUGGUCCACCGCCGGAGCCACACCGGGGAGAAGCCCUACAAGUGCAACCUCUGCGACCACGCCUGCACGCAGGCCAGCAAGCUGAAGCGCCACAUGAAGACCCACAUGCACAAGUCCUCCCCCAUGACAGUGAAGUCGGACGACGGGCUCUCCACCGCCAGCUCCCCUGAGCCGGGCACCAGCGACCUGGUGGGCAGCGCCAGCAGCGCCCUCAAGUCUGUGGUGGCCAAGUUCAAGAGCGAGAACGACCCCAACAUGAUCCCUGAAAACGGGGAUGAGGAAGAGGAGGAGGAGGAGGAGGAAGAAGAAGAGGAGGAGGAGGAAGAGGAGGAGGACUUGAACGAGAGCGACAGGCCGGACUAUGGCUUCGGAAUGAGCCUGGAGGCAGCCCGCCACCACGAGAACAACUCGCGGGCCGGCGAGGAGGGCCGAUCGAUGCCGGACGUCAUGCAGGGCAUGGUCUUGAGCUCCAUGCAGCACUUCAGCGAGGCCUUCCACCAGGUCCUGGGGGAGAAACACAAGCGGGGCCACCUCCCCGAGCCUGAGGUGCACAGGGACACUUGCGACGAAGACUCGGUGGCCGGCGAGUCCGACCGCAUCGACGAGGGUGCGGUCAACGGCCGGGGCUGCUCCCCGGGGGAGUCCGCCUCGGGAGGCCUGUCCAAAAAGCUGCUGCUGGGUAGCCCCAGCUCCCUGAGCCCCUUCUCCAAACGCAUCAAGCUGGAGAAGGAGUUCGACCUGCCGGCCGCCGCCAUGCCCAACACCGAGAACGUUUACUCCCAGUGGCUGGCGGGCUACGCCGCCUCCCGGCAGCUGAAGGACCCCUUCCUCAGCUUCGGCGACUCCCGACAAUCGCCCUUCGCCUCCUCCUCCGAGCACUCCUCGGAGAACGGCAGCCUGCGCUUCUCCACGCCGCCGGGCGAGCUGGACGGAGGGAUCUCAGGCCGCAGCGGCACGGGAAGCGGAGGGAGCACCCCCCAUAUUAGUGGCCCGGGCCCUGGCAGGCCCAGCUCAAAAGAGGGCAGACGCAGCGACACUUGUGAGUACUGUGGGAAGGUCUUCAAGAACUGUAGUAAUCUCACCGUCCACAGACGGAGCCACACGGGCGAGAGGCCGUAUAAGUGUGAGCUUUGCAACUACGCCUGCGCCCAGAGUAGCAAGCUCACCCGGCACAUGAAAACACACGGGCAGGUGGGAAAGGACGUUUACAAAUGCGAGAUUUGUAAGAUGCCUUUUAGCGUGUACAGUACCCUGGAGAAACACAUGAAAAAAUGGCACAGUGAUCGAGUCUUGAAUAACGAGAUAAAAACUGAAUAGAGGUAUAUUCGUACCCCCCCCUCCCCAUCCACCCCCGUCCCUAACCCAUCCCGCAUCCCCGUAGAGGUUUUCUAGUCCCUUGUGAUGGAAGUCAUGGAAGCUAAGGAUAUUCGGAAAGUGCUUGUCACCAGCACACCCUGUUUAUUUUCUUUUUGUUCUCACCGUUUGAAUGCAUGAUCUGUAUCGGGGCAAUACUAUUGCAUUUUACGCAAACUUUGAGCCUUUCUCUUGUGCAAUAAUUUACAUGUUGUGUAUGUUGGGUUUUUUUUUUUUCCUUGGGUUGUUUUUUUAUUUUGGUUGGUUUUCUUUUUUUUUUUUUUUUUUUUUUUUCCUUUAAUUUUUGGAUUAGACAGCAUGUAUGGUAUGUUAUGGCUGUUUUUAAAUUGUCCCUGAUUAGUUGCUGAGCAAACACGUCGCUGUUUCCAAUUCCGUUCGGGAAAAAAAAAAAAAAAAAAAAAGGAGAAAAAAAAAAAAAGAGGAAAAAAGAGGAGAGAGGAGGAGGCAAAAAAAAAAAAGAAAAAGGAGAAAAAAAAAGCAAAACAAAACCAAACCCGAGAGCAAACAAAACCGCCCAUGCUGCAUACAUCUUGUAAUACAUAUCAUGUACAGUUUUGUUUUGUGACGUGCGAAGGAAAACACGCUUUGGGUGACCCUCUGCGGACAGGACCGAUAGCACCGAAGAAGCGUUGCGUUUAGCUAGAUUGCUGUCUUGAACCAAUAAACCCACCGAUUGGGAGAGAGAAGGUUCCCCUUAGGAACGUUAAAAAAAAAAAAAAAAACACAACAAACCAAACAAAACAAAAGGCCUUUAAUUGGGAAGUAACCAGUCAGGAAGAGGUAGAUUUCUAUUAGUUUGGUUUCAAACACACACACACACACGCUAAUAAUAAUAAUAAAUAAUCUGAGUGCCUUGGAUCCGUCGCGGCCGAUGCCGAUGGCUCCUUUCUGCUCGUCCUCCACGCGUAGCUCGUCGCCACGUCGGUCACGGUGUUGAGCCUCUCCCGACGAGUGCGCCCUCACCACGCCGGCUCCCUAGGAACGAAGAGGAAAGAGGAAACUAAGGAAGAGAAAGAAAUGACCCGCUCAGUCCUAGUUAAUCAUCAUUCUCCUCUGCCUUUUUAUUAUUUUUUAUUAUUAUUAUUAUUAUUAUUUUUGAAGCAAACUGAUCAUACCAGUCUAAAGACCCGCUUGGCUCCUGGAGAGAGCUUAAAACGAGAUGUAGAAUCUUUCCCCCCCACCCCACCCUGCCCCCUUCCCCAAACUUUUAUUCCCCCUCCCCAUCGAUGAUUAAAUAGAAUGUGAAACUCGCAGAGGCCCUUCACCACCAUUAAACACACAAUAAAGGAAAUCCGUUUUACGAAGAUAUUUACUUUUAAUAAUAUCUUUUAUUGAUUCUGGCACCAAAACAAAUAAAUCCGGAGCCACUUGGUUGUCAAGCUGACAAUCAAAUUAUAAACUUUAAGACCUCCUGUAUACCAUAUAAAAAAAAUAAAAUAAAGACUGGCAAUAAUAUUUUACUGAGUGUAACAGAUAGGGGAGCAAAAAAAAUAAGUAAAUUGUGAUUUAUUAGCACAAUGUGGUACUGUUUGCCAUUUAAAACUAAAACAGGUGUAUAAGCUAAUAUCAACACAGUGAUGAUUAACUAUGAACUAUUAAGACUUGCCUUCAAUGUGGCGCUUGGAAGAAGUAACAGAAAAUUAAAAAAAAAAGAAAAAAAGCGGAAAAAAAAGCGCAAAAGAAUAGCAGGAUCUGUCUGUGCUCCCUAAAAGUUGUCCUUCUUUUUUUUUUUUUUUUCCCCAUCCUCUGUGUGCUAUUUGUGUUGACGUGGAAGAGGAUUCCUUGUUUUAUUCUUAAGCUAGCACCCGCCCCGCUUGGUGUUCAAAUAGCACUUGACUCUGCCUGUGAUGUCUGUAUCUUUUCUUUAAUCGAAGGUACAGAGGUUGAGUAUAAAAUAAGACUGCUCAGAUAGGACAAUUAAGUGCACUGUACAAUUUUCCCAGUUUACAGGUCUAUACUUUAAGGGAAAAGUUGCAAGAAUGCUGAGGAAAAAAAAAGAAAAUAAUGAAAAAAUAUAUAAAAAUCUGACAUGAUCUCAUUGAUGAGCAUAAAAAAACCAACCAACCAAACAACAAAACCCACAAAACCCCACAAACUUUGCCAGCCAUUUACUUGACUAAUGAGCUUAUCUUCUCGGACGCGACAUUGCAGCGCUGUGAAUGGAAACAGACUCUACACUCACAAAAAAAUGAAUGAUUGCUUUCGCUCCUACAGUGCAAGGAAAUUUUUUUUGUUUUUUUGUUUUGGGGUUUUUUUGUACAAAAAAAAAAGGAGGAAAAAAGAAAAAACCGCCACAAAAACUUUUUUUUAAAUAUAAACGUUAAGAAAAUUUUUUUAAGGAAAAAAAAGUUUAAAAAAAAAAAAAAAACCACAACACUUCAUUAUGUUUAGGGGGAAACUGUAUUUUAGGGUUCAUCGUCUUGGUGGUGUACAAGACUUGUUAUUCAUUUUAAAAUGGUAGUGGAAAUUCUAUGCCUUGGAUAUACACAGCUCUUCAGGUUGUAUAAAAACAUGCAUUGGGGAAAGGUUUAAGAUUAUAUAGUACUUAAAUAUAGGAAAAUGCACACUCAUGUUGAUUCCUAUGCUAAAACACAUUUAUGGUCUCUUUUUUCUGUAUUUCUAGAAUGGUAUUUGAAUUAAAUGUUCAUCUAGUGUAGGCACUAUAGUAUUUAUAUUGAAGCUUGUAUUUUUAACUGUUGCUUGUUCUCUCAAAAGGUAUCGAUGUACCUUUUUUGGUAGUGGAAAAAAAAAGGAAAAAAAAAAAAACCACAGGCUGCCACAGUAUAUUUUUUUAAUUUGGCAGGAUAAUAUAGUGCAAAUUAUUUGUAUGUUUCAAAAAAAAAAAAAAGAAAAAAAAAAAAGACAAAAAGACAAAAAAAAAGUGUGACAUUGUGCAGAUCCGAGGCCAUAUAAUGGCUCUCUGGGGGAAACCUGUUCCGAUGUCACGCUGCUGGCCGUCACAGAGGGGUGUACAUAUCUUUUUUCGUUCUUUUUUUCCUGCUGCCAUACUGUAUGCAGUACUGCAAGCUAAUAACGUUGGUUUGUUAUGUAGUGUGCUUUAUGUCCCUUUCCUUCUAUCACCCGACAUUCCAGCAUCUUAACUUCAUAUGCAGUAAAAAGAAAGAAAAGAAAGAAAAGAAAGAAAAGAAAGGAAGAAAAAAAAAAAAAGCUAAAAAAAAAAAGGAAAAAAAAAAAAGGAAAUAAAAAACCGUUUUGCAGUUUUUUUCAUUGCCAAAAACUAAAUGGUGCUUUAUAUUUAGAUUGGAAAGAAUUUCAUAUGCAAAGCAUAUUAAAGAGAAAGCCCGCUUGAGUCAAUACUUUUUUGUAAAUGGCAAUGCAGAAUAUUUUGUUAUUGGCCUUUUCUAUUCCUGUAAUGAAAGCUGUUUGUCGUAACUUGAAAUUUUAUCUUUUACUAUGGGAGUCACUAUUUAUUAUUGCUUAUGUGCUCUGUUCAAAACAGAGGCACUUAAUUUGAUCUUUUAUUUUUCUUUGGGGUUUUUUUGGGGGAUUUUUUUUAAUUUUUUUUUUUUUUUUUUUUUUUUUAUUAUUUGGAUGACCAAAGGUCAUUACAACCUGGCUUUUUAUUGUAUUUGUUUCUGGUCUUUGUUAAGUUCUAUUGGAAAAACCACUGUCUGUGUUUUUUUGGCAGUUGUCUGCAUUAUCCUGUUCAUACACCCAUUUUGUCCCUUUAUUGAAAAAAUAAAAAAAAAACCUUAAAGUACACAGUGUCAGCUUCUGGUGUCCUCAUUUGACACACGCUGGAGGUGGCUUCCAGCAGCAGGAUGUAGGAGAAGGUCCCGUGCAGGGGCGUUUUGGGGGACGUGCUCCUAUCCCUGAGGAGCGCCCGCCACCCAGCUUGGCCUUAAAUCAAGCCGCCUCUGCCCAGGAAGAGGAUUUUUGGGCUCAGGAGUUUGCUUUCUGACCAGUGGAAAGCAUUUGCAAUCUGGACCCGUAGUUUUGGGAUUUUUUUUUUUCCCCUCUAGUUCAGGACUGAGCUGUGACCCCCUCACCGUACGAUAGCCUGCGGCAUCCCUGGCCUUCGCUCGGUCUGCAGCAGGGACUUCCCUCCCUGCCUGGCAGUGCUUUGGCAGAAGAGGUGAGCAAACAAAAAGCUCUGCAGCCCCCCCAGAGGCUCCCCAAAUCCCCAGCUGCUUUGGGGGAUGUGGGGUGAAAUCAGCCACGUGGGCAGGAGCUGAUUUCUCUCUCGGGGGGCUGAGAUCUUAACGCCGCGGCUCCGGGAUUGCGCUGACCCCAACCCAAAGCUCCCGGCACCGCUGCUGGCUGGAGCUGGGAGCUGCCCCCUCUUCUCCACUGGGCUUUUAUUUUUUUUGGUGGGAAUCUCAGGUUUAUGUGCCUUGUCUCUAAAACCCGGAGUUCAGGUCCCCCCUGUCCCCCCUUAGGGGUCUGUGUAUGUUGUCAGUUUGACAAAUACUGCAUGUUGCAGCAUCUCUUUACUUUAUUAAAGCACGUACCGCUGUGAUACUGUCUCUUGCUGUUCCUAGUGUAAUGGAUUUAAAGGUUUAUUUUUUUCUUUUCCUUUUUUUUUUUUUUGAUUUUUGUAAAACCUUCCAGUUGUUCUGUUGUCUUCCUGUGAUGGCAUCGUUUGUUGCCUGUAUUUUGCCCGGCGCCUUCUGAAGGGGAACUUUGGGAUUUAAAAAAAGACAGAAAUAGGUGUCUAAAGAAAAAGACUUGCUCCUUUUCUAAAGAGAGAUUUUUAAAAAAUUAAUAAAGCUCCAUUUUGAUCCUGGGAGAGGAGGAGUGAAGGUUGAGUUGUCCAGGCUGGCAGGAUGAGCUUGCAGUGGGGCUGGAAAAGUGCUGGCAGUGCCCUUGAACUGCGCUCCCCCUUUGGGAGCUGGAGCUGUGCAGAUGCAGGCACUGCUGGAGGGAUCCCUAGCACAGUGCAGGGGAGGCAGAGCCUGGCACCAGAGUGGUGAGCUCGAGGUGUCAGGAUGGACACUGGCUGUUCCCAGGAGGGCUGGUGUAUGCAGGGACGCGCUUUGCAGCUGCCUUGCUGACACGGCUCUUGAUCCCGUGCCAUGGAAUAUCUGUAUGGACUCCAGUCUCUCCCUUCCUCUCGUUAUUUUUAUUGCUGGUUCAGACCAUGACCAAGAUGUUGUCUAGAGGACUCUGGUUAGCUGGUGUGCCCGGGGUUGAGCGUAGCCUGGCUGUGUUUCAGAGCGGGUGCUGUUCCCUGUGUCUAUCCUAUGGUGGUCGUCGCUCUACUUCCUUUCUCUGUACUAUAUUUAGGAUAUGGAAUAAUCAGCUAUACAAGCAUAUAGACAGGCACCCACAUAGAGACCCGUGGACAGGCACCACUAGGUAGAUCUGGGCUCCCUGCGCUGCUACAGAAUUAACCAGUGGAAAGUGUACAAUUGAUUUAUUGAUGAAAUUGCACAGCAGUGCGUUCGAUUUACACAUUUCCAAAAGCUAAAUUUUACAGGUUUCUGGAGAGAUAAACGAGCCCUGUGGGUGCUGUGUCGCCCUGUGGCCACACACAGGGGGCUGGGGCGGUGGUUUGGAGGAAGGAGCUUUGGGAGAAGCGGCUCCUGCUGUAGGAGAAGUUGUCUGAACACCGGCUGGGCAGGGGCGUAGCUUGCGAACGACAGCGUGCUGUCACCUCCACACCAAAGCAGAAUGUGGGAAAAACGUGAUGUUUUUCUACCAGUGGCAAUGAGUUAACGGUGUGAUAAACACACUGGAGUUUGCUGGGUUGGGGCGUGGAUGUCCAAGGUCCCCACCACGUGCUCUCGAGCUGCUUUGGCAUCCCGUGCUCGCGUGACCUGCACUCCCCAGAGACUUCCCUGUUUUCCUCUGUGCAGAAAGAUGAUGUCUCUAGAAAUAAGAGUGGUAUUUGGGUAACAGUGUCUCUCUUGUUAAAAUCUCAGCCCCGACCACUUUCGGGGAGGAGCGUGGUUUUGGGGCAGAGACCCCUUCGCCAUUAGUGUUCAGUCUCCUCCAAAUGGAAUGACUGAUGUAAUGAAGGCACUGAAACAGUAUCCAGAAUUUAGAGUACAGAUGUUUCAUAUUUAUUUUGUUUCCAAGGGCUGAGAUAACACAGGAAUAAGUGAUACCAUGUCUUUGCUUGACAUUCAGGAGGUUUUGGCAUACCUGAGGAGAUAACAGUUUUGGGGUUUAUCUAAGUGCAGAGUUUGUACUAAAAAAGAAAAAGAGAUACCAGCUGCUCUUUUAGCUCCCUCCUUCUCUUUUUUCCUCCAGUAAAGGUUGAAACCCAUUUUUGGCGGGUGCAUGGGCAAAUUGGAGUAUUGACUAGGAGAGUGAUACUGCCCAGAGGGGCUCUUUGCCAGAGCUGCUGAAGAGAUGCUGCUCCCCGAGCCCAGAUGCUCGGCUGCUGGUUUCAAAGGAGCCACAGGGAUCCCAGGAGGGGCAGGAGGCACGGGGGAACCCCAAGCUUCCGUGCCCCUUGGCGGGAUGUAGGGUUUGCAGCGGUGGUGUGCUUGCAGCUGGGGUGGCUGCAGCGCCCUUGGCUGCCUUGGAAGCCUCAGCCAGCUUUAACAUCAGCCUGGAAACCUGUUGGGCUCAGGCACCAGGCAGCAACAAGCCCUCCCCGGGGGGAAAUCGGGCACGUGCUCGUUCCUUCAGAGGAGGCACUCCAGUUUACACCCAGUGAAGAUCUGGCCUAGGAAGGAGCUGCUUGUUUAGUCCUGACAGGCACCUCGUGUGUAGCCCUUCAGCCACUCUUGUAGGUAGUAAUGAAGCAAUUUCCUUAUAAACAGCUCCCUGGUGGGGCUGUGGAGGUGGAUUUUGAGGGGUGCACUGAAGAUGCACCGGCCUCAGCACCACCACCACCACUUGGCCUGCUGUGUGGGGCAGCGCGGUGCUUGGUGAUGGGCCUCGGGCUCCGUCUGAGGGGAGCUGGGAAUGAUUGCUGUCCUGGUGACACAUCCUGUGGCUUUGCUGGGGCUUUGCAGCUUGAGCUUUGCUUUUGCCGUGCGACAUCCAGCAUGUAGUGAGUUGGGAAGAGUCCUCCGUGAAACACCCGCCAUGUGCUGCUAUUAACAGUUACCAGCUUUAGGAGGGGCUCCAGCACCUGGAUGCGCUGUGGGUGCCGGGGGAAGUCCCUGAGGUUUUGGGAAAGAAUAGGAGGAGGUUUCAAGACAGGCUGGUUUGGUCCUUUGCCCAGGUGUCUCAGUAAAGCCCAGAGGUUUUUUUCCUCCUGAGUGAUCCCUGUGGUUGCUGCGUGGUGCCGAGGAUGCCGGACGCGAGAGUGUGGCCCGAGAGGAGGAAGGGCUCCAUCCUGCCGUACCCCUGUGUGACAGUUGGGUGUCCCAGUUGUUAAAGCCAAAAAAGAGACCCCCUGCCCCCACAAAGGAAAAAAAAAAGUAGGAUAAGAGAAUGACUCACACCGUGGGCCGUGUCACACCUGUUCUCUCCUCUGUCCCCAUGCUC